UCAGUAGGUGUAAACGUUUUCAGCGCCCAUUGCAACUCGGUAAGAACAUUUAUUAUAACGCCUGGAUGAGUCCGCUGAAUGAACAUAAAGUUACUUCACAUGCACACAAAUCCAAUAGUCUUUCUAAACUGUCCAGUGCGUACGGUUGCGGGCUUUGUGAUUCGCAGACUAUCUCAAUAGGUUUCGCAGAUUUGUGUAAAGUCGCUCACGUGAACCGAUCGUUAACAUGCCGUUGGAGACAACCAUGAUCGGGAGUUAUCCCCAACCCAUCCAUUCCAAAAUCCCUACUUGGUUUACCAACAAGCCAGACUUUAAGCCUUCGGAUUUCAACAAAUUCAUGAAUUGCACAUCUACAGAAGAUUAUGAAGCGUUGGUAGACAAGGCAGUUAAAGAAACUUUGAACGAACAAACGUCGUUGGGCAUCGACGUUGUGACAGACGGCGAGAUUCGACGAGACAAUUACAUCAACCAUCUUUGUCGGCAUGUAAAAGGCUUUGACUUCACGAAUCUAACCAAGAAAUCAUGUCGUAAUGGGGCUUGGGUCGCAGAAGUACCCACCAUUCGAGAGAAACUGGGAGUGCCCGAAGAUAUUAGCUGGAUUGGAAAUGAAUGGAAAUCAGCACAACUCAACUGUGAGAAGCCUGUCAAAGCCACCGUACCUGGCCCAAUGACCAUCAUUGGAUCAACAGCUAAUGCUUUUUACGAUGACCUGAAAGAGCUCAGUUCUGACCUGGUGAAAGUUGUCAAUGCACACAUCAAGAAUCUAGUACAAGCAGGAUGCCGUCACAUCCAGCUUGAUGAGCCAGUCAUGGUGAGAACCCCGGACAUCGCGCUAGACUACGGUAUUGAUCAUGCGUCACAAUGCUUUGAUGGUAUCGGGGGAGACGUCGUGAAAACUGUCCAUCUUUGCUGUGGAUAUCCACUUUACCUGGACCAAACUGAUUAUCCAAAGGCUGAUAAAGAUGCUUACUUUAUGAUUGCCGAUAAAUUAGACCAGGCUGGUUUUGAUGAGGUUUCUCUGGAAGACGCACACCGUCGAAACGACCUGUCUUUAUUCGAUCACUUCAAAAAGAGCAAAAUCGUCCUUGGGUCUGUCGCCAUCGCACGAAGUCGUGUUGAGAGUGUUGAAGAAAUCCGAUCACGGCUACGAGAUGUUUUAAAGCACCUGCCCUCUGCAGAUCAUCUAAUUGUGGCACCAGAUUGUGGUUUGGGUUUCUUACCCAAGGAUAUUCUGCGAGCAAAGCUUAACAACAUGGUGGAAGCAGCAUCGACAAUGCCCUAGAAUGCACAUUCUGUUACUCAUUUUGUUUUCAUGAAGCUGAUUUUAGGUUACGAAAGACUGGUGACCCUUGCCAUGGACAUGAUGGAGGGAGGUCAAUCAAUGAGUUUUGGGGGUAACAUUUCCGGCAAGAAAGCGCCACCAGUCAAUGGUUAAAUCAUGAGUAAAAUAAAAACAGAUUUAAGAUUUGAUAAUUGUACAAAUUAUAAAUAUAGAUAUUUUGUUUUGCUCAUGUCAUACAUCUAGGAACAGACUUGCAACUCGUGUUUUCAAUGUGCAGAAGAAGAAGUAAUGCAUGGGUCCCGUAAUAAAAACGUCAGUGAGGCACAUUUCCGCUCAAAACAGUAAAAGUUCACUUUUGAUAGAUUGCAAUCUCAUUUCAUCAGGACUGGUCUCUCAUUUAAAACUUAGAGGAGGGUGAUCAAGGACCAGGGUUAGGGUGGAGACCAAUGAAACGCCCGACGGAAUAUGACCUCGACUACAUCCCUGUAGAAAAGUUUUGUUCAUUGCUUUUAUGGCUCGUUGGUAAUUCUAACUGGAAUGAAACAGUAAAAUAAGG